AUGCCUUUCACUAAAGAACAAUACCAAGCUUACUAUCAAGCCCACAAGGAAAAACUAAACCAAAAAAGAACCGAAAGAAGGAAAUUAACUAGGUUGAGACAAAUUAAUCAAUCCCGGGUUGAGACACCUAGCCUAAGUCAGGUUGAGACGGGGUUGAGACAAUUUAAACUUUCGGAGGUUGAGACAAACCAAUUAGAAAAUAUUAGGUUGGGACAGGUUGAGACACUAAAAAAAGUUAAUAGUGAGGUUGAGACACAGAAAAAGGUUGAGACAGCCCGGGAAAUGUCCCAACCCAUAGAGAAGGUUGAGACAGGCAAGCAGGUUGAGCCAAUUAAACUCUGA